CCUACCUACAUCUAACAAGACAAAAUAAAAUUAAACUAUUUACUUUACUUUUGUCUUGCUUCGCCGCUCUUCUUCAUCGUGCUACGAAAAUUUUAAAAAGAAGAAUCAUUAAGACCUCACCAGAACACCCAUCUCUCCAAAAACCUAGCUAUAGCUACAUAGUAAGUCACCAACCCCAUCCCAUCCCAUCCCCUCCUCUCUCCAACCAACUCACCAACUCCCAUCACAGCCUCCAAACCCCUCCCCUCCCCUCAAAAAUGUCCUCCCCCACCACAACCACCAACCAACAAACCACCCAACAACCUCUUCCCCAGGAACAACAACCCCAACAAAAGCAACAAAUGACCACCCAACGCGCAGAAGGCUACCGGGAAGGACCGAUCCGGGAGUCACGGAUUAAAGACCGUCCGUAUAGACCGGAUCAGGAUUCUAGUGUCAAGAUUAAGAUUGAACUUGAUUUGGAGGUGGAGGUGGAUCUUUAUGCUAGGGUUAAGGUGAGUUUUGUUUUGGGGAAAUAGAGAAAGGGGGGAAAGGGGAGGGGAAGGGAGAGAGAGUGCUAAUUAUUAUGGUGUAGGGUGAUGUUACGAUUGGGUUGAUGUGAUGUGAGGAUUGGUUGGGAUGAAGAUUAUGGGUUUUUUGGGGUGGAGUUUGGGAUUUUUGUUGGGAGAUGGAUGAUGUGAUUGGGACGGGGUCUAUGGACUGUAGGUA